AUUUGCUUUUUAUUCCAAAAUAUUAUCCUGAUAAAAAUACAUCUAAUUUAGCCUAGAUGGCGCAGAUAUGUGCUUUGUGCCCCUAUUUGUUAGAUAACUUCAAUUACAAGUCGGGUUUCCCCAAUGGAUAAUCCCGCCAAGAUCAGCGAUCAGUAAAAUUUUAGGGCGGAUUUUACCUGGCUUCCCAUAAUAAACAUUCAAUCGAUGUCAAUUCACUCGAUUUAUUAAAACGACCGAUUUUAAUUUCGUAAAAUCAAAUCGAUUCUUAAUAUUUUCAUCUUCAAAUACAAACAAUUUAUUAAUCAAUAAAAACAGGUAUUAAAAACGCAAUAUUGAUCUAAUUAAUUAUGAUUGGAAUGUAUUAUUUUAUAUGCUGUGUUAUAAUUCUGUAUAAUUCAAGCGUAUGUGAUUAAAUAGUAUUAAUCGAUUUCUCGAUUGCUCGGAAUCGCUAGAAACCAUUGCAUCGAAACCGCCCCACCAUGUUACAAAAGUUGUUUAUGUUUUGAUUAUGGCGCCCACGAUGUUAUUUAUUCGUUAGUCGGGAAAAUUCAAAAGUUUCACAAAUAUUUGUUAAUCAACAUGCCUCAAACCGACUGCUGUAGCGGAUUGUUAGAAGUGAAAAUUCCGUCGAAAUCGAAAAGAGGAUUUACACCAUGGAAGGCAUGGAAGAAACAAUGGUGCGAAAUUAAACGUUUGGACAGUAUCGAGAACGGAGUGGAACUUAAAUUGAAAUCCAGCAAAGAUGGAAAUGUUUUAAAUUGUUUUAUACUGCCCAGAUCUUCCAUCAUUUGUAGGACAGAGUCUAGAACCAAACAGUAUGCUUUUGGCGUUUUUAAUUUAGGCAGGAAGCAGAAACCUAUUAUAUUUUUAACUGGCGGCUCAGAAUCUGAAUCUCAAGACUGGAUGGGCUCUAUUCGAAGAAUGCUCUCUGUUGCUUCAUAUUUACCAGUUGACAAUUGCAACUUCAGAGUCUCUCUAGUAGACAAUCAUCACUCGAGGUCAGCCGGUCUAUUGGGAACUUUUGGAGUGUUGAGUGUCAACCAACAGGACCUGGUGAUAAGCGAUCCUUGCACGGGUGAACCGAAAAUCACCUGGAAAUGGUUUCAUUUUCACCAAUUCCAUCUUCAGGCACCGCUUCAUUCCGGAGCCGAUCAGAAGAUCAUCGUCAUGCACACCAGCAGCGAAUUUCCUGCUGGCCCCGGGCAGCUUUUCCUUUACUGCAAAUACGCUUCGAACUUGUUACAUCAUCUCGUCGCUAGAGGUCACUAUCCGAAGGCUACAAAUCGACUUAGUCGCAGCGAAGGGGAUCUUUGUAAUGCGUUAAAUAAUUCUUAUCAAUCUGAGAGUCCGGUGUGCCUCAGGAGUCAGACUGGUAGCGAAGAUUCUGGUAUAAGGGCGUCUACCGUUUCGGACGAUUCGGAGUAUCAGUUGAAGACUAAGAACGCUUCAAGUGUGAUCAGUAUUGGAAUGGAUGUGGUAACAAAAACACCUGGUGGUAGUGAAACUGAAGAUUCUUCUCAAGAUCUCCUUAUUCCAGACCAAAAACUUGGUAUUCCAAGAAACGAGUCUGGAAUAUCCCUAGCUUCGGGAAUAUACGAGGAAAUACCAGAUGAUCAUGAAUACAUUUCUGGUGCUUCAAACACAAAACACGCCAGCCACGUCUACGAAAAUCCUUCUGACGUCAUUAUCGAGUUGAGGAAAAAGUUUUUCUUCACGCCACCUCCUUUGCCGCCUAGGUCUGCAGAUUUUGGAUGGUUAAAUAAAAAUCAUUUGUCGAAUGAGUUCGCCACACCGCCACCAAAGCCCCGUUCAAACACCAUGCCGGCACAAGAUCUUUCGAGAAUAUCGAAAAUCUUCACUUCGGAUUCUGACUAUGAAGUGAUGAGUCCCAGCAAAUCUGCAUCGGCGGAAAAACCUAAAAAAUCUUUAGUCGAAAAUUUUUACAUGCCCAUGUUGCCGCUCAAGUAUUUGAAAUUGAAGACUGAGACGAGUGUGACCGUCGAUAUCAAGAAGACUUGAAUUUUUAUGACAAUUUACACGUUUUUACAAAGUAAUUAAUUUAUUGCUUGCUUUUUUUGAAGCACAGUAUCGUGACGAACCUCUUCAUGUACAGCCAGUUGUUCCAAAUCGGAGGUUUUUUGCUUGCAGCUAUUUAUUGAUAGCGGAUUGCAAGAUUUUUGUAUGUGAUUAAGCACUGCUUUCGGAAAAUUGUUGCACUCCACCCAUUUGCGGAGUGUUUUUGAAAUAUAUGUAAGUAUUAAAACGGUUGUCACUCUAAAUGAACAUG